UCGACUUGCAAACGCCAUCUGUUCCAUUGCUCCUUGUGUUUAUCAUUUGUGAUUCGAAAAGAAUAAGAUAGAAACUUAAACGCCAUGCAGUUCGUCCAUACCCCGUUCUAUUCUAGCUAUGCAAACGCUUCGCAACAGCAAGCUCUGCAACAGCAGCAACAGCCGCAACAACAGCAACAACAGCCGCAACAGCAGCAACACUCGCCACACUCGUCCCAAUCGCCGGCACCAUCAGCCGCACAAGUGGACCAGCACCAGCAAGCUCAACCGCAACCUUUGGGUUUGCCUACAGCUUUACCCGGUUUUGCCCAAGCGGGUCUCCAAGCAGUUGCUACAGAGUUGAACGCUCAGGGCAAGCCAAAGCGGAAGCAAGUGAAGAAUGCCUGUGUCAACUGUCAAAAGGCGUGUAAGAAAUGUGACGAUGGUAGACCCUGCCAGCGCUGUGUCAAGUACGGUCUGACGGAUUCGUGCCAAAACUCGGUUCGUAAGGAGCGCAAGAAGGGCAUCAAGCGCGGUCCAUACAAGAAGAGAAAGCAGGAUGGCUCCUCGUCCACCGAUGGCUCCACUUCGUCUGCUCAAAAUGUGUCUGGCGCUGCUGCCUUGCCCGGCGCCCUCUAUGCCCAGUCCUCGCCGGCCUCCUCUGGCGUCCGAACGAACGGCGUGCUUGCCUACCAGCCCUUCCAAUCCGGAACCUACGAUGCCUUCCAUGCUGCUGCCGUGAGCUACCAAACCUCGACUCCCAUGAUGCCACAUGCGUACAUGGUCCCCGCUGCGAUGCAACAGAUGUACCCUGCCAACUCGAUACUGUCAUACCAGGCCGCCAUGAACGUGUUUCAACAGCAGCAACAGCAGCAACAGCACGGCCAGUCUUCGCCUAACAUCUACGGUGGUUUCCGACAAGACAACCCACAGGCUACCCAGCAGCCUCAGGACCAGCAAGCAGAUGGCCAGCAACAGCACCGAUCGCACGAAGGCAGCCCCGCUACGCCAACCGGUGUCAGCACGCCCAACAUCAAGUCCGAGAAUGCAGCCACCGAAUCGGAUGACGAAGGAUCCAAGUUGAACAUCCUGUCGCAGCUGUGCAGUGCCGUUCUGGAUCGCGCUCCCGAACCUGCAAAACAGGAGGAGCAGCCGUCACAGACCUCUUCUGAGCAGCCACAACAGACGACGCAAGAACAAGAACCGCAACCACAGCAGCAGCAGGAAACAACUCAGCAAGAAUCUCCAGCAGUAACAGGCGAGGCAGCAUCCAGCCUGCACCAGAGCACGCCACCACCAAGCCGAGAUCACUCACGAGAAGUGUCGAAUGAGGAGGAAGUGAAAGCAGAAGGGUACGUGCAAUUGUUGUAGAACCAAACUUUAUCUUUCGAAAUCUCGGGAAAAGUAUGAAGAAUUCGCUUACACAAAUCUCAACAUAGUGCCUCGUACCAGUAACAGUCCAUCAUCAAGUCAUAACAAACAACAACCCCUACUACCAUUACAACAACAACAACAACAACAACAGCAGCAGCGGUGGCAGCAAGGAAAAGAACAUUCGCUUGUUUUUUCUUUGAUCCAAAAAUACAUUUCAGCAAAUAUUUCUUCUGUUAUCUUCUUCCUUCAUCUA